GAAUGCUGAUGAUCUCGGUGUGACAGAUACAGAUCGACUAGUCCCGAAGGUUGCCGAACAGUCUAGAAUCAUUCCGCAGCGCAGUCUGAAGGUAUUAAGGUAGUUUGUUCUGCCAGACAAAUAGGAAAUUCACGAGAGUAGUUAACAGUAAUAUAAAAUAUAAAAAGGGAUAUUCGAUACGUACAACAGUUACUCGAAAAGUAUAAACUUUUGUCAAUUUAUUACGUGUGGUUCUGUAUCCAUAAGAGUAGCAAACAAACUAGACAACUGAGAAUGGCCAAGUGGGGCGAAGGAGAUCCUCGUUGGAUUGUGGAGGAACGGCCGGAUGCAACGAAUGUAAACAACUGGCACUGGACGGAGAAAAAUGCUACCCCGUGGUCUAAGGAUAAGCUAACUGCCUUGCUUCAAGGCUACGUCAUCAGAGGCUCUGGCCAAGAGUGUAAAAUCGUUGAAAUCGAAAAGUUGGACGGGGAAGCAACGGCCAACAAUCGGAAAGGAAAGUUAAUCUUUUUCUACGAAUGGAACAUUGUUCUUAAAUGGAAAGGAACGAUCGAUGAUGAGGAUGUUACUGGGAAGGUCACCAUUCCGAAUCUCUCGGAGGAAAAUGAUAUCGACGAGAUUGAACUGACGGUCACAGUGGACGCUUCGAAUAACGCUUCGGAGAAGCUGAAAGUUUUUAUGUAUAAUAUUGGACGUGACAAGCUUCGGAAACAGCUAGAAGCGUAUGUUGAAACGUUAAAGCAAGACUUUGCCAAAGGACUUAUUUUGCCGAAAAAAGGCGAGGAAAACGGAAACCCGCCUGUGAAGCCUGAUAAGGAAAUUGUGUUUGCGAGCGGUUUCAAUAAACAGAAAAUUGAGCUACAGACUGUGAUUAGUGAUGAUAAAAAAGUCGGCUGCCAGCUGGACGUAAAAACGUUGGAAACCGUGGAACGUUUUCAAUGCCGGGCUAACGAGCUUUACGACGCUCUUACCCGAACAGAUAUGGUGACUGCGUUUACUCGAGGCCAUGUCAAGUUGGAUCUCUUUAAAGGCGGAGAAUUCGUCUAUUUCGGAGGAAAUGUCAGUGGCGCAUUUGACGAAAUCGUCCCCAAUGAGAAGAUCACACAGACAUGGCGACUGAAACAGUGGCCUUCCGGGCAUUUUUCAAAUGUUGUGAUGGAACUAAAACAAAUGGAGGAUCACACGGAACUGAAAUUAACGCAAACGCUUAUUCCUGCGGCCGAGUUCGAAGCAACCAAAGCCAACUGGAGCCGCUACUACUGGGACAGUAUUCGGUCGGCGUUCGGGUUCGGAACGUUUUUGUGUUAACGAAUCACCUCGAAGGACCGCGGGUUGCGACCGUGACAUUUUUCAUACUUUAUGUGCAUCUUCUGUAAAGUCGAAAAAUAGAACAAACAACCGGAAUAAGCAUAAAAAUAUCGAUAGAUUCAUGAAAGUAAUGUUUCUUUUGAUGAGUGAUAUCGGGAAAUGAUCAGAUGUUAUUAGAAUUGGUAAUAGCCCAUCGGAUAUAGUUCUCAGUGUAUAACAACAAUUGAUCAACAAUUCUCGCGUUUUUUUUUCUGUAAACGACCAAUAAGACUUUGACAGUUGCAAUUUGAAAGCGAAUUGCAAACGAAAUCUUACACGCCGAGUAGAUGUUAACGAUUAACAAAGGAAAAGUGUUGUGCUUCGUUUGCUGCUGUGAAUUUCCCGUCAAAGGGCAAUGGGCCAAAGUUUUAUUGGCGCUUUUAAAAAAAUGCACCAAUUAUACUUUCUGUUUUUGUCAAUAUUUUGUUUAGUUUAAUUCCAAUCCUUUACGCAAAAAAAAAAUCUACACAUGAAAUCAGUAGUUCUUUGCAAAGUUAAUAUUUAUUUAGAAUAACACGUUGAAAGCUAAGGAAAAGUGGCUCCAAACACGCUGCUAUUGCAAGUUUGCUGUAGAAAUGUGUAUGAUCGAAAUACAUCAAAUUAUCCUGUACACAAUAA